CCGCUCCUCGAACACGCAGUGCCGUUGGAGAAAGUCACCGAUCCGAUCCGACACAUUCCCGAGGUUGAUCUGGUCGAGUUGAACCCAGAUAGCCGAGACACGAAUGGUAUGGUGUCGGGGUCGACGGGACCGACCGAACCAAUACCUUCGGCUAUUUCUGGUCGUUUGCCAACCAACACACUUCAGGAUGAAGGUAUGCUCAGUUUUUAUGAGUAA